AGGUACAGUAUGUGGAGAUGUGGAAAGCGUCUCCGAGGCAGCACACUCCCCCUUCUUGCAGUACAUACACAGCUGUGUGAGAGGAUCACUUGCAUUUGCUCCUGACCGGGGAAAGGCUCAGUGUGUCCAGCAAUGUGAGUCCAAAGGAAUGUAACCUGUUCCUUUGUGUUUGGAUUUACUGACCAAGCACUGAGCUGAUUUGGCUCCUGGGGACCGGAGAAGCACAUGAGCAAAUGCACUUUUCUCCCCUGGUGGGAAGGUGGUUUGAUGCCUUAUUAUUGUAAUUGCCAAAUCCAUUGGUCAUCACAGGCUGUGUUCGAGACUUCAUCCUCUUUCACCCUCUGCUCAGGAAGGAGAGCCAGCUUAUUUUGACAAUGCUCACAGAAAAGUGCUUGGCAUUUGUUUAUUCUGCGCUGUAUCUCUGGUCAUCCUUGUUCCUCUCACUCUUUAAAGUCUCUCAGCAGGGGGAAAGCCAGAGACAUUUGUAUAGAGAACUGCUGAGGAACUACAAUCGUCUGGAACGACCUGUAGUGAAUGACUCCCAGCCGCUCGUAGUCGAACUCCGGCUUUCCUUGCUGCAGAUAAUUGAUGUGGAUGAGAAGAAUCAGGUGUUGAUCACCAAUGCUUGGCUGCAGAUGUACUGGGUUGAUGCUUAUUUGUCUUGGGAUCAGUAUAAAUAUCCAGGAGUGCAGAACUUGCGAUUUCCCGCUGACCAGAUUUGGGUACCGGACAUUCUUCUGUAUAACAGUGCAGAUGAAAGAUUUGAUGCAACAUUUCACACAAAUGUGCUGGUGAACUACUCUGGAUCCUGUCAAUAUAUUCCUCCAGGCAUUUUGAAGAGCACAUGUUACAUUGAUGUCCGCUGGUUCCCCUUUGAUGUGCAGAAGUGUAAUUUGAAGUUUGGCUCCUGGACUCACAGUGGCUGGUUGAUUGACCUGCAGAUGCUCGAGGCUGAUAUUUCCAACUACAUCUCAAAUGGAGAAUGGGAUUUAGUGGGUGUCCCAGGGAAGAGAAAUGAGUUGUACUAUGAAUGCUGCAAAGAACCAUACCCAGAUGUGACGUACACCAUCACCAUGCGUCGACGCACCCUCUACUAUGGCUUGAACUUACUCAUUCCCUGUGUUCUCAUAUCUGGCUUAGCACUGCUUGUAUUCCUUUUGCCAGCUGAUUCAGGAGAGAAGAUUUCUUUAGGUAUCACUGUUCUUCUUUCCCUGACUGUGUUCAUGCUGCUUGUGGCUGAGAUCAUGCCUGCAACUUCUGACUCAGUCCCACUAAUAGCUCAAUAUUUCGCUAGCAUCAUGGUCAUCGUUGGUCUGUCUGUGGUGGUAACAGUGCUGGUUCUGCAGUUUCACCAUCAUGACCCCCAAGCAGGAAAGAUGCCCAAAUGGGUCCGUGUCAUCCUGCUGAAUUGGUGUGCUUGGUUUUUACGGAUGAAAAAACCUGGGGAGAACAUAAAGCCCCUCUCUUGCAAAUACAGCUAUUCCAAGCACCAGCUGAGUGUGAGCAGCCUGGAGGUGAACGUCCUUCCUGGGCACCAGUCCAGCAAUGGCAACACCAUCUACAGCUACCACUCCGUGGAGAGCCCGUGCUGCCCACAGCAGAACGACCUGGGCAGCAAGGGUGCAAAGAUGACUUGCCCCUUAGCAGAAGAUAUCGAGCUUGUGCAGAAGAAAGCUUUAAUGGAUACCCUUCCAGUGAUUGUGAAGAUCCUGGAGGAAGUCCAGUUCAUAGCAAUGCGGUUCAGGAAACAAGAUGAGGGUGAAGAGAUCUGCAGUGAGUGGAAGUUUGCAGCUGCUGUCAUAGACAGAUUAUGUCUGGUUGCAUUUACCCUUUUUGCCAUCAUUUGCACAUUUACAAUACUCAUGUCUGCUCCAAAUUUUAUAGAAGCUGUUUCAAAGGAUUUUGCAUAAGGUUUUCAAAGAUGAGCAUGGAAAUCAAAAAGUAAAAAUUGCCAGUAAUUUUACUAGAUAAUUUAACUCAAAUAGAGAAGUGUACUUACAUGUGCUAACAUACACAGAAGGGGAUUAAAAUAAUUUCAGGACAUAAUUAUUCCUGAUGUUAGUGAUUGUAGUUACUGAAUAGUAAAUGUAUUGAACUCUGUUACUUAUUCCAUAGAUUAGUGCCACAUAUACUUAUGUCAUGAUCUGUGAUAAGUGAUAGACAAGAAUUUAAUACAGUACAAUACUACAAUAUAUUUAUUACAAGUUAACACUAGUAUCAAUGUCUUACUUUGAAUUUGUGAACUUUUGGAUAUUGUUAAUUUAAAUUAUCAUUGAAGACUAUAAGUUUUGCAUACUUUUGUUGUUUUCAGUAUGUCUAUGUUUUAUAACUACUGUUUGGUGUGGCUGUGACAUGCACUUCUC